GGCGUCGAUACCUUCUUCCUCUCAUGUCAUGAUCAUCCUCCACCCGUGACGCCUCAAAUACGAGUAAUACUGCUCAUUGAACUCGCAACCCUAACUCUCCUCCAACAACCCCCCUCCUCUCGUCCAUGGUAUCGUGCUACAGUAGUUGCACCCAGUCCUACAAGCACUUGACACAGCCAACCCGCGUCCCGUCAUACCGCCGAUAAACCCUUCCAGUAUCAUACCUCCUAAAUCAUCUCACUGUCGUCGCGUACCGCUUCUACCUCUCAUCACUCGACAAACUACCGCAAACCUUCAGCAGCGUGAGGUGCCCCGUAGCACGGGUACAGCCGAGUUAAUCGAUCGAAAAAGCUAUCAUACAAUCUACAUAUUAUGGCGUCGAAUACCGGUUUGACACGGAGGAGAGGUGGUGGUGGAGGUGGAGGCUCGGCUGGAGACGAAGUUGAUCGCAGCAGUUCACCAUCUACUUCUAGACCAGCGGAACCCCGAAGCGGGGAGACAUCAUUCACUACUGCUGAGAAUGGACAUAAGAUUGCUUUUGAUCCCAGAGACAUCAGUGAGAAUCAGGAGAGGAGUAAACAACCAAAGCUUACUCUAAUGGAGGAGAUAUUGCUUCUAGGUUUGAAGGACAAGCAGGGAUACCUUUCUUUCUGGAACGACAACAUAUCUUAUGCACUCCGUGGUUGCAUCGUUUUGGAGCUUGCCUUUAGAGGCCGUGUUAGCAUGCAGAAGGAUUCUAACAGAAGGAGAUUCCCGUUAUCGGAUAGGAUAAUCGAGGUGAUUGAUGAUACUCUCACCGGAGAAGUGUUGCUUGACGAGGCUCUGAAAAUGAUGAAAGCAAGCGAAAAGAUGAGCGUGAGCUCCUGGAUCGACCUUAUGAGUGGCGAGACCUGGAACCUGAUGAAAAUAGGAUACCAGUUGAAGCAGGUCCGCGAGCGCCUAGCCAAGGGUCUAGUAGAUAAGGGAAUCUUGCGCACAGAGAAGCGUAACUUUCUACUUUUUGAUAUGGCUACCCAUCCGGUUGCAGAUGGCGGAGCGAAGGAUGAGAUAAGACGCCGUGUCCGAAAUGUUCUUACUUCUCGCACAGUUGUCUUGCCCGGAAAUCCGUUCUUGCCAGAAGACUUGGAGUUCCGUUAUCUACGGACAGUGGCCAUGGUCUGUGCUGCGUAUGCGGCAAACGUACUAGAGAACGCUUUGGCUACUCUUGGUCACGAAGCUAGGGAGAGGGCCUUUGCUCACGUAGACGAGCUAUUGGCCGAGUUUUCACAAUGGCCAUUCGCCAAGAGAAACACUGCUGGUGGGGUUGGACAAAACUUGGGGACUGCCACUACGGAGGAAUUGAAUAAGAAUAAAGAUCGGGAGCUCCAGAUAGAGGUCGUCGCUGCUGUACUGAGCGUCUUUACAAGACUCGAUUCACUACUCUGAUGCAAAAUCUUCUAAAUUCAUUCACCGAAAACUCCUUUUGAGUUCUGGUGUGAUGGGCUAUCUUGGCUAUUUUCGCGGUCCUGAUUUCCAUCGCUCAUUGCUUCUCCCGGCCUGUUUAAUUCGGUGGGUGUAAAAAAUGAGGGACGAAAAAAUCUUUAGUGGGAUGUUCGUCUUCCGCAUUUUACGCAAAAUGAAAAACCGAGGUUUAUUGCUUUCCCUG